GGUUGUUAUUUCCUAAGGAUCUAGGCACUUCUUCCAAGUGGCAUCGCCAUGGGGAUCCGAGGAUUAACGAGUUUUGUGGAGGAUCACAGUAACGAGUUGUUCACGGAUGUGAAGUUUUGGAAUUCAAAACUCAUCAUCGAUGGCUACUCUCUCUUCUACCGACUCUGCUUCAGUUCCCACUUGGAGCUCCAAUACGGAGGGGACUAUGAUUCUUUCGCAGAUGUUGUGCAAGAUUUUUUUGAAUCGCUGUUUACGUGCCAUAUCUAUCCGUACGUGGUGUUAGAUGGGGGCUGUGACCCUUCUGAUAAAAAGCUCUUGACUCUGAUGGAUCGGGUCAGAGAGAAGGUUCAGGCGGCUCAUAUGCUGUCUGUGGGUAGGGGACAGUGCGUGGGCCCCCUCCUCAUCCGGGAGGUGUUCAUUCAGGUUUUGAUCAAGCUUCAGGUCCCAUUUAUCCAGUGCUUCUCAGAAGCAGAUAGAGACAUCAUGACCCUUGCUAAUCAUUGGAAUUGCCCGGUAUUAUCAUCCGAUAGUGACUUUUUCAUUUCUGACUUGAAAACUGGAUUUUUCCCACUGAAUAGCUUUCAGUGGACAAAUAUGAACUCCAUCAAGAACACCCGAGACUACUAUAUCCCAGCCAAAUGGUUCUCUGUGAACGCAUUCUGCCAUUGCUUCACCAUCAACAGAGCCCUCCUCCCUCUCUUUGGGGUGCUGUGCGGUAAUGACCACGUCAGGCUCCCUGUCCUGGAGACCAAGUUCAGUAAAGGCCACUUUUCCCUUGGCUCUCCCAAGGGGAGGAAGCACCAGCGCAUUCUGGCAGUUCUGAACUGGCUGUCACAAUUUGUGGACCCUACCAUAGCACUAGACACUGUCCUUAAAACGCUGCCAAAGAAGGAUCGGGAGCAUGUGAAGAAACUGCUCUGCAGGUCCAUGGAAGAAUACCAGCAAUCACCAGUGCGGCUCCAGGACUUCUUCCAGGAUGGCACUUACACCUGCCCUGAGGCCCAGGCCCUGGGGUUGCCCAACUGGGUCCUGGCGGCUCUGGCCAAAGGCCAGCUGGCACCUUUCAUCAGCGAUGCUCUGGUGCUGAGACGGACCUUCCUUCAACCACAAGUGGAAAACACGCAGCGCGAAAAUGCCCACAAGGUCUCUCAGUCCAUCCGGCAAACCAUCUAUGGUCUUCUUUUCUGCAAGCCACAGGGUGCCUCGCCUCCUAAGACCUUGGCAUGCAGUGAGGUGGAAAGGAUCAAUAGGAAUAUCAAAUUGUCAGUUUUGGGGCCAGCUGUGCUGCCCGAGGAGUAUUCUGACUUAAGCAGAUUGGUGGAGCUCUCUUUGGCUAGACGGUGGAUGCUUUUGUUAGAAACUCUGCAGGUAGAACAGACCGUCCUGGAGCCAAUCCCUGCUCUGCUCAAGUUGCCCAUAGCUGUCACCUGCUACUGGCUGCAGCAGCCCGAGGUCAAGGUUCAGCUCCACUACCUACAAGCCCUGUUGUUGGGGAUGCUGCUGGGGCCCGUGCAGGCCACACUUGACAACCCUGGUAGGUGUGAGUCCAUGCUACCUGAAGAUGGUGCUAAGAAACUGUACUCAGAGCUGCAGAGUGUGAAGGCUCGGGCCUGGCGGGGCGAGAAGCUGGACCUAAGUGUGUGUCAUGCCUUCUGUCAGUGGCAGUGCUGUCUGCAGAUGGGGCUGUACCUCAAUCAGCUGCUCUCUAAUCCGCUCCCAGAGCCAGACCUAACUCGAGUGUACAGUGGAAGUCUGGUGCAUGAACUCUGCCGACAGCUGCUUCUGUCAACCUCAGUAGAGAGUGUCCUGAGCGUGUGUCCAGAGGCAAAGAGACUCUAUGAGCUUCUCUUCAAUGCUGCAAAGUUCUAUGCCCCCGCUGAAUUAUUCCUGCCAAAGAGUAAAGCAAACCCCAAAAAGAAAAGAUCUAAGAAACAAGGUACCAGGAGGUCCAAGAACAAGACUGGAAAUCUCUCAGAUUCUCAGAGUUACUAUAAUGGAAGCAAUCGGUUUCGGAUAUUAACAGCUGAAAGCUUGGAGGACCGUAUUGAAGCUGUAGAGCUCAAAUAA